AUGGAUACGCCGGCAUCUGAGCCUGCUCUUGCGUCAGAUUCUUCCACGUCAGCAGAGGACGUGGAGGAGGUUGAGAUUGAGGUGGUCGACGAGCCGCGUCGCGCGGAUUUUCAGGAGAAAGUGCGCCGAUUGCGGCAGGGAGUGGCGUCUAUGUUUGUGGACGCGGACAGGGUGGUGCUGGUAACCAGUAACAUUGAGGCGGAGCGAAUCACAGCAGAGGAGCUCGCAGGGCUUGGCAGUAUUCAGGUGUUCGCCAAGCCGUGGUUCUGGGACGACUCGGCGCACUUGAACAGGUCGCUGAUUCAAGCCGAGCCAGACACAGGGGACACGACUCAUUCCCGCCCUCCUCCCAUCUCCCUCAUCCCCCCAAUCCCCCUGAACCCCCCCACUCCUCCCACCUCACCCAUCCCCCCAUCCAGGCUCAUGCCACUAGGUCGCGGAUUCAAGCCCGAGCUGACACAGGGGACACGACCUGUUUCCCCUAUCCUCUCAUCUCCCCAUCCUUUUCUUCCCACUGUUCCUCCAAAUCCCUCCCUUCUCCCAUCCAGGCUCAUGACUCUAGGUCGCGGGUUCAAGCCCGAGCCAGACACAGGGGACAUUCUCACCCCAAUAUUCGCCGAGCUAAGAGCCACUCUUACCCCCUUCGAAGUGGAUAAAUACCGCGUUCUAGCCCGGCAGUGCGGGGAGCUUCUGGGAGAGGUAGCGCGGGGGUUGAGGAGGGGGAUGACUGAGAAGGAGGUGGCAGGGGCUGUGGCGGGCGCGUGUUACUCGAGGGGAAUUCACCCUAUUUUAUUGCUGGUGGGGGCGGAUGAGAGGAUGGAUAAGUGGCGACAUCCGCUGCCCACUUCUAAUGUGGCCAAGUCACGCCUCGUCAUUACCCUGUCCGGUCGUCGUCACGGGCUCAUCGCCUCUCUCUCCCGAGUCGUCCAUUUCGGCCCGCUCCCCUCGGACUCGCCCCUUCGCUACAAGCACACCGCUGUGACUUACGUGGAUAGCGUCGCCAUCGCCAGCACGCGUGUCGGCGCCACGUCAGAUGCAAUCAUGGCAAGAAUCCAGCAGGCCUAUGAGGAGCGAGGGUUUCGGGAUGAGUGGUUGCAUCACCACCAAGGGGGAGCGACGGGGUACAGGACUAGGGAGUGGAAAGCGGAACCGGGUGUACGGUAUUAUGUGGGCUCCCCACAAGCGUUUGCGUGGAAUCCGUCUAUAGCGGGUACAAGAUCAGAGGAUACGAUCUUGGUGGGGGGCGGUGCGGGGGACGGUGGUGGAGUGAGGAAUGGAGCAGGAGAUGGGGGAGUGGAGGGGGCAUGUCCGGAAGUCUUGACGGCGACGCCUGAUUGGCCGAUGAUUCGGCAUGUCGUUGAUGGAAUUGAAAUCAUGCGACCAGAUGUGUUGGAAAUCAUGGACUGA